UUCCACUUGAGCAAGGAGGAUUUCUGUGCUGACUUUGCGGGCGAACCACUUAAGUUUCUCGUUUGAACGUAAGUGGGAAAAGCAAGCAAAUAGCGCUGCAUUUCAGCUGCGGGACUCUGCUAACUAACGUCCGCUGGAGUUAGGUAUCAAAAUGAAGCACAUGUCCUUAUUGUGCCUCUGUGCAUUGGUGACUUUGUACAGCCAUAACAGGGUGCUGUCUCAAACGCCCUCUUACGGUGAAAGGGGCUCUGAUCUCGGCAUCCAGGUAUUUCAGCAAGUGGCCCGUGCGAAGCCCCUGGAGAAUGUGGUGCUUUCGCCCCAUGGAGUGGCUUCCAUCCUUGGCAUGCUGCUACCUGGAGCCCACGGGGAAACACGGAAGCAAAUCCUUAAUGCUGUCCGCUACAAGAAAAAUGGCCCUUACAAGAUGUUGAAGAAGCUGCAUAAGAACUUGACGGGCAAAUCCAACCAGGACAUCGUGCUGAUUGCCAAUGCUGUGUUCAGCCAGAAGGGUUUCCCCAUGGAGGAGGCUUUUGUGACCUCCAACAAAGAGAACUUCCGGUGUCAGAGCAGGACCCUGGACUUCAGCAACCCUCAUGCAGCAGCAGAUGAAAUCAAUGAAUGGGUCAACAAUAAGACCAAAGGUCACAUCCCCAGCUUGAUCAAAGCAGACAUGCUGGAUCCAGCUCUGACCCGUCUGGUAGCUGUCAACUCCAUCUACUUCAAAGGCUUGUGGAAGUCCCGCUUCCAGCCUGAGAACACCAAGAUGAGACCCUUCACCCGAGGCGAUGGAGAAAUGUAUAAAGUCCCAAUGAUGUCCCAGCUAUCAGUCUUCAACAUAGGCAUGGCCACCACGCCUCAGGGGCUCAAAUACAAGGUAAUUGAGCUGCCGUAUCAUGGCAACAACAUCAGCAUGCUAAUCGUUCUCCCAUCUGAAGAGGACACCCCUCUGUCUCGUGUCAUCCCACACAUCAGCACUGCCACAGUGCGGAGCUGGACCAAACUGAUGCACAUGAGAAAAGUCCGCUUGUUCAUCCCCAAGUUUACUGCUGAUGCCGAGGUUGAUUUGGAGGCCCCGCUUUCAGCUCUGGGAAUAACAAACAUUUUCAGUGAGGAAAAAGCUGACUUCAGAUACCUCAGUUCUGAGUCUGUGCAUGUAUCCAGGGCACUCCAGAAGGCCAAAAUAAUCGUCAGUGAAGAUGGAACAAAAGCAGCAGCAGCCACUACUGCAAUUUUGUUGGCUCGGUCCUCCCCACCCUGGGUUACAGUGGACAGACCUUUUGUGUUCCUCAUUCGACAUAACCCAACAGGCACCAUCCUCUUUAUGGGCCAGAUCAACCAGCCUUGAGGCCAGCCCCCAUCAUCAACCCUAGCAUCAUUUACCACAACAGGACAUGCUUAUACACUGCCAUGCAUCAAAAUACAAAAUAAACACAGAACACACUCUUUGCCGAACACAUUUGUACAAGGUGGAUAUAUGAUGUGAUUUGUUUUAAAUGUUGCUUUUUAUGUUACCUGUUUUCUGUAUUGCAUAACAUGCUGUAUAAAAUGUAUUUUGCAGACUAAAUUUUUGAUGUUUUUGUUUUGUUUUGUUUUUUUCCCAAUUGAAGACAUCUUUAAGAGACUUUGAAUGUCAUUUGUGUAUUUUCUCUACUCUGGAGUAGGAUAAUCAGUUUAUUUAUCAUGUUAGUGUUUCAGUUUAAAAGUUGUCCUCAUGUCAUGUAACUUCAGUCUGUAUUAAAUUUCACUCCUAAGUUAUGGCAAUAUUCAUGCCAUUGUCAAGAAUUUGCUUUUAAAAUUGUUUCCCUCGCAGAGGGAGUUUUCUGUUGUCAUACUUGCUUCAAACUUUGGGAAAAUAAAUACAUGUAUUUAUAACUA